CCUUUCUUAGAUUGUUGGGUGAUUAAAGAACUGAUUAAAGUUUGAAGUGAAAUUUAUUCAAAUCUAUGGAAAGUGACCUUUUCUAAAUUAGGCUGGCUAAUUUCGCAGAUCUUUUGGAAUAAAAUAAAAAUGCAGUCCCUCAGCAAGGAUUUUUAUCAUGAACUUGGCGCAUCCAGAUAAUAUUCUUAAUGGAACAACAUAAAAUAAAACCGAUCAUAGCGCCUGAAUAUGAAUGAGGUUUUCUAAGCACUUUCUCUCCGGAAAAUUUAACUUUUAUUGUACGCUGCAAGGCAACCUUUACUUGGCGAUAUUUAGAAUUUGGCGACUAAUAUCAGUUGUUGAGUUCUCGCGUUUGAAUGUUGUGUCAGAGAGACGGUUUGUUGCGGUGCAAACGAUUUCGAAACUAAGGGCUGGAGAAAAUGUGCCGUGCUUUUUGUUAUGAAUACGUCAAGAUUUUGAUAUUAUGAGAUUAAGAGCUACUUUAUAUAAACCAGAAAAGAAGGUUCCGCCUGAUCAGAACAAACCAGGUGUCCAAGAAAGUGCCUUAAAUGUUGAUCAAGAAUUUUUUUCGAACUCCAACACAAUGGGUUUAGGCAAUAACCCAGUUUUGGACGAGUUAGAUAGCAACAAUGAGCAAAAUAUGGUAGAUGAAUUUAUACCUUUUGAAAAUUCUCCAUUAAAUUCACAAAACAAAUCAUCUACACCGAUGAACAAAAACAAAACUUCAUCCAUUCUUAGAUUACGAAACAAAAAUAUUUCUCGAGCAGAAAGAAGUUCAAAAGGGAAAAGCACAUCUGAAGUCUAUGAUAAAUUUUUAAGAAAAAGUGAAAAAAAUGUAGAGUUGAAAAAACGUCCAAAAUCCCAAUUUUACGAUAUUGACGAAAUUGAAACAAGUAUUAGUGGGACGAAUUUGAUUGAGCAAAGCAGCGUGGACAGUAUCUCUCAUCCAGCAUUGAAUAACAUUGAUCAACUCUCUGAAUUAUCUGAACCAUCUGGUGCUCUGAAUUCUAGAAACUCUUCUUUGCAUACCUCUAUCUCUCAACUUUCUCCUGCAGAUAGUUUGUUGAAAAAAUUUCGAAAAAGUUUUGCUGUGCGGUUUAAAAAGAAAACAGAUUUAGUAUCAAAUAAUUCAAAUAAAUCCCCUUGCCAAUCGCCAGUUUUAACUCAAGAACCCAUUCCAAACUUUCAAAGCUACUUACAUGAUUCAAAUAGCAAAGAAAUCAGCAACAAAGACUUUUCAAAUCCAUCAGUUCAGUCUGGUAAAACAUGUGAUAUUAAUGUGCCACAAACUGAUUUGCAGAAAAAGAUCAAUUCUUCUGAGCAUUUGAAAAAGCAAUCUGCUAACAUUUCUAAUUGUAGAAUAAAAGGCAAAAAAAAGCAAGACUGGCGAAGAAGCUUUUUUUAUGAUAGUGUUGAUAACAUUUUUGAUUCUAAUAAGUCAAGCAUUAAUAAAUCAUAUAAAAUGCCUCAAUUUGCUGGAAGUGAUGCAAAUAUUUUAAGAAAAAGAACUGCAUCCACCUCUGACUAUUCACCUAAAUUUAAAGAUAUUCAACAGCCUUUAUCAACAGUAGAUUCACCUUCUCCUGAAACUAAUUGCACAAAAUUUUCUGAUCACAAAAAUGAAGUUAUUUUAAAUGCCAAUUCCAAUGCUGUGAAUUUAGAAGACCACCAAAAAACAAUUACUAGUCUUGAUCAGAUAUGGAGAUCUAAUCCUGUGAAACUUUGUAGAGUUCAUUCUCGAUUAUUAAUGUGUCGUCACAAAGGUAGAUACCGCUUACGCCGUUCAAUUAGUCAACCAGUUGAGCUUGAAAUGUCAGGAUCAAUGCACAGUCUUAAAGAAUCUACGCAUGGUUCAGCUGAACAUGAAACUUUCCAAAAGAGUAGCUUAUCUUCAGAUGAUGAAGUCUCAUCUGAGAGUGAUAUAUAUCAUAGUUACUGCUGUAGUCCUACACGCCGGUCAAAUACUUGUUGGGAAUUAUCAGGAGAAAGUGCUAUGUAUGCAGAAGCCUUGUGGGAUCAUGAAACAAUUGACACUGAAGAGCUGCCUUUCCAAGCUGGUGAUGUCUUAGAGGUUACUGAUACAAGUGAUCAAGAUUGGUGGUGGGGUAUAAAGGAUGGUCAGGGAGGAUGGUUUCCAUCUGCUUUUGUCAGACUAUAUGUGAGCCACAGAGGGCCUGCGCUGCAUUAUAAUGGUCAAACUACUGAAGAAAUUCCUUACUCCCCAAGCAAGGUCAGCAUGAAUAAUCUAAGCUGGGAACAAGUUAGAGCAAAUAUUGUUCAAGAAAUAGUUGCUACUGAGAGAGAUUAUGUUAAGCAUUUAAAAGAUGUUGUUGAAGGUUAUUUAAAGCAAGUUCAAAGACGACCAGAUAUGUUCAGCAAAGAAAGGAUAGAAACAGUAUUUGGAAACAUACAAGAAAUUUAUAAUUUUCAAAGUGAAUUUUUAAAACAACUGGAAAAUUGUUUAGAUAAUGAUGCUCCACAUUUAAGCCAAAUAGGAAAUUGCUUUCUAAACCAUAAAGAGGAGUUUAAAAUGUAUUCCCAGUAUUGCAACAACCAUCCAUUAGCUGUUAGUGAAUUGCAAGAAUUGUAUUGUGAUUCACAAUAUAUACAUUUUUUUGAAGCCUGCCGACUUCUGCAAGAAAUGAUUGACAUUUCUUUAGAUGGGUUUCUCUUAACUCCUAUUCAAAGAAUUUGCAAAUACCCUUUGCAGCUGGCAGAACUUCUCAAAUUUACUGACGAAAACCAUCCAGAUCAUAUUCCUGUAACAAAUGCAUUUGCAGCUAUGAAAGAAGUUGCUGAACUUGUGAAUGAGCGUAAACGUCGGAUGGAAUGUUUAGAGAGAAUAGCUGAAUGGCAGAAUACAAUUGAAGGCUGGGAAGGUCCAGAUGUUCUGGAUACAAGCUCUAUUUUGAUUCAUUGUGGUGAAGUUACUAGAGUAUCAUCAUCAUGGUCCCGUGAUAUUUAUUUAUUCAUAUUUGAUCAUCAACUUAUAUAUUGCAAAAAGGAUCUUCUCAAACGACACACUUAUGCUUACAAGGGUAGAUUAAACCUUGAUCACUGUGAUAUUGUUGAUGUGGAUGAUGGAAAAGAUUCGCAUUUUGCAGUAACUGUAAAAAAUGCAUGGAAAAUUUACUGCCGUGACAAAGACAAAUGGUAUCUUUUUUAUGCUAAAACUGCACCAGAGAAAGAACAAUGGAUUCGUGCUUUUAAAACUGAAAGGCAACGAGUUAGUGAUGAUGAAAAGCAAGCAUUUAUAGUAACUGAAGAAGCAAAACGUAGUGCAAGAUUAGCUGUCCAAAAUAAGCAAAAGCCUAAGAGGCCUAGAGCUAAGUUUGCUAAAGGUCGUCGAUGUCAUCCAGAUGUAGCAGUUACUGAACUUCUCCUUGAUUCACCUAGUGCCAAAGCACGCAGUGGAAGCCUUCCUUCCAAUAUUCAUCCUGAACUUGCUAUUUUGACUGGUGCUAAAUUAGGACCUACUAGAAAAAAAGGAUCUGGUUGGUUUCAUUUUGGUAGUGGGAAAAAGCCGAAGAGUUAAAAACAACUUUGUCUAACCUUUUGCAGCUUAGGUGCCAUACUGGGUUAAUAGCACAGUUUUUAAGUGUUUGGUUGAUUUGAAUGAAGUAAAUGAAAUGACUGUAUUGAAUUUUGCAUGAUGCGUUGAAAAAAAAAAGAAAAAUGCGUCUGCACUGUGAACUUUUCCUUAAUUUGUGUGUAAUAUAUGUUUGAAACAUGCAAUUCAGAGAACAUCCAUGCCAAGAAAAUGUAUCAUUCCAAGUUUAACUAUUAACACAAGCAAAAUUGAAUUAUAGUUUUAAAUAUUAUUAAUGAUUUUAAUUAUUUUUACAAUUAGUUUCAAACUCUAAAGGUACCCUGGUAGUAGAAAUUACUUAGUCAAUCGAUAGCUAAAUCUUCAUCGAUUUAAAUUUGUCUGUGACCAGAUGUUAUUAUUUUUAUAAAAAUUAAGCUAAAUCUGUGUGUUCAAAAUUGAAAUAGAUAACAUGAAUUUUUGUGAAUAGUUUUUAAUUAUCCUAAUUCUUAUAUUUGCAAUUUUUACAUGGAUGCAAAUAUAUAUAUAUAAUUCACUAUUAAAUUGCUUGCAACCAACUAAUCAAAAACUAUUUAUGUAAAUAAAAA